AGAGCAUGGAACGAGCUGUUUUUUGCGGGCUAUUUUUUUUUUGUCCCCGUCGUGUAGAUUUUUCAUUGGUCGACCAAACAAUUUUCUAGCUUCGACGUGGUUAGGUCGUUCCGACCCAGGUGUCCUUUUUAUUCGAAAGCGAGCCGUUGCCAUUUCAGUGAUUCGCGGAGUCGAUUUGAAGAGUCGCUCGCCAAGCUCUUCUUCGUCAACGACGUGCUCGCCGCCGCUGGUAGUGCGCGCUCCCGUCAACGCUCGCUCCUUUUUCGCUGUGGUGACGCCAAGCAAGACAGCGCGAGGCUUUACGUUCCCCUCGGGUCUUGUCGGCUCUAGGCUUUAGGCGGGGGGGUCGGCAUGGACAAGAUGUCCCGAGUGCACGCGAGUUCCCUGAAUGCAACUUUUGUGCCCGGCGCGGUGGCUGCGCACGGAGUCCUCAAGUCGCUGCUGGAGAACCCGGUCAAGCUCCCCAGCAGGCACCACCAUGACGUGUUUGUCAAAGAUCGCGACAAGGAGAACAAGCUGGACGAGGAGUGCAGCAUCCCGCAGUCGGCCUUCCUGGGGCCCACUUUGUGGGACAAGAUGCUGCCCUACGAUGGCGACAGCUUCCAGCUGGAGUACAUGGACCUGGAGGAGUUCCUGUCCGAGAACGGCAUCUCCUCCAACCCCGCGCAGCAGCACCAGCAGCAGCACCAGCACCAGCACCAUGUCCCUCUGCCAGCCCCGCCCACGCCCAUCAGCGCCCCGCCGCCCUCUGUGAUGGACCUCAGCAACCACACCUCCACCUCCGUUCACAACGCAUCACCUGCUUGUCUGCUCAGAAACCCCAACAGGCCAGGGCUCCCGAACUUCAGAAACACCCCGAGUCCGAUCGAUCCGGAGUCCAUCCAGGGUCCGGUGGGCUAUGAGCCCGACCCGGCAGACCUGGCGCUGUCCAGCGUACCGGGCCAGGAAAUGUUCGACCCGCGCGAAUGCAAAUUCUCGCCCGAGGAGCUGAAACCGCAGCCCAUGAUCAAAAAGGCUCGCAAGGUCUUCAUCCCCGAAGAUCUCAAGCAGGACGACAAAUACUGGGCCCGGCGCAGGAAGAACAAUGUGGCGGCCAAGCGCUCGCGUGACGCCCGGCGCCUGAAGGAGAACCAGAUUGCCAUCCGGGCCGGCUAUCUGGAAAAGGAGAACUUGGCGCUCAGGCAGGAAGUGGGCGAGCUGCGCAAAGAGCUGGGACGCACCAAGAACAUCCUGGCCAAGUACGAGGCACAGCAUGGAGGCCUGUGAGGGCCCGAUGCACACGCACAUGCACACACACACACACACACACAUACACACACACUCCUCCACUCUACAGUCCAAUUGGCUGGACUUGCUUGCAGGUGAAGCAGCAAGUGGUGCGUCGGCCCUCUUGAAAUGGCUGUUUUGGGUUAACUCACCCGUACGUGCCUGAAAAUGCGCCGAUUUUGGCAAUUAUAUUUUCGGGGGUCCCAAAAACUCACUCUGUGGCACCGCCCGCUCAUUUCCCCAAUCAGCGACCGGCCGCCAUUUUGACCCACCGACAUGAAAUUAGGUUGUCAUGAUAGGAUGCACAGGAAUGUGUCGCGCACACAGCAAGUCAGCCAUUUUGGUUUGAAAGCGGACACAUUCAGCGACUUCUCGGUCUUUCCCCAUUUCCUCUUUGUCGGGUGUUGGCCACACUUUUGCUCCGCCUUAGUGAGUCGAGCCAAUGAGAGGCCACAUUGUCUUUGCUGUACCUCCGUUCCCAGCAUGCACCUGCGCCACGUACAUACCCGGUAUGUGUGCAGGUAUCUAACGCGCGUGCACUUUUUGUCUUUUGCUAUCUUCUCAGCAGUAUUUUAUACCACAAAAUGAGCUGUGCGUGUAUGUAUCUGUAUGUACAAACACACAUAGAGCAGAAAAUGCCAAAACAAAUAAAAACACAAAGAUUUAAAUCCAUAAAUGAGAUAUUUUUGUACCACUUUGUCUAACGUCUAUUUAAAGCCAAACUGUGCUUUUGACAGCUUUGGUGAAAGCCUUUGAACAGGAACAAAAUGAACCCAAAGACAAAUAUACACACGCUGUGUAUAAAAUAAGACCUUAUAUACAAAUUUAUAAGAAAAUAAAAAUACUCACAUUUCAUAUAUAUUUUUAAAUAAAUGCCUAAUGACAAUAAUUGUAUCAGGAAAAAAUGGAAUGGAAUUAUUCUCUUAAAAUUUUAUUUUACAUGAAAAAAUGUGCAAUUAAACUGUAAAAAAACGUAAUAAUAAUAAUCAAAUGUGUCCCUGCUCAGCCCUGAGUUAGCGUCUUCUUGCACUUUAGCACUUAGCUGCCAGAAGUGGCGACGUAAAAGAAAACAUCUUUCCACUCACAAACAUCGACAACCAUUUCAUUUUUCCGAGUAUCUACGGUCCACAAAGCAGACAUUUUUUUUUGUACCAAAUUAUUUCAGUAGUGUCGUCAGUGACUUAUUAUUAGUGCAAUAAUCCUUUGACAAAUUUGUGAGUUUGCUUUGUGCGUAGUUCAGUGCUGACAUGAAUGUAUACUGACAUGGAAGUGUGUGCGCGUUGCCUUUUGUACACCGGACCAAAAAAAACUAGACCACCUUACAUGUUUCAAUGCUUUUUUUGUACAGCUUUGGAUUGUGUAUACAGUAUAUAUAUUUUUGAUUUGGUUACACAACUUGAAGCACUACACAGUAUUGCGAUCAAUCAAACCCUUGUUUUUGGUGUGACGUCACGGGAACUGGUGUUUCAACGGCAGUUCCGAAUUGAAUUCGUGUUGACCCGCGAUAAAACGGGGGUUCGCUAUAUCAGUCAUUGUCAUGUCAGAUUGGUCCAUUAGACGGGCAUUAAGUAACCAGUUUUAUUUUCUCUGGAGUUGAAAAUACCUCAAAAGUCAUCCAAAUAAAUUCAAUCAAUUGAAACGAGCACCGGUUUUAUUUACAUGCUGAACGACCUUUAUCAUCACUGUAUAAAAUAUUUUUGGCCUCAAUGAAUGUAAUCACCCGACAUCGAGCACUUACUGUUUCGUUUUUUUCCCCCCCUUAUGGUGUAAUUUAUCUUUCUGUUCUCUGAUGUUUUGAUGCGUAUUCCCUUUAUUUAUCCUGACUUUUCCCCGAUGAACACGAUGAAUAAAAAUAUCAAAAGAAAUGAAA